AUGUUAUUUUUACGGGCCAAAGAAAGUAGAAAUGCUUCAAAUCGUAGAAGAGAGUUUUAUGUUAUGAACGAUAUUUAUCAUGAUUGCAUGUUGACUUCAAUUUGUGCAUAUUUGUCGAAUUACCAACCAUCAUUAAAAACUUUACAAAAUGACGAGUUUGAAAUUAUAGGAUACGCCAGGAAGUCUCCUACUACAGACAAUUUGGAUACGAGAGUAAGACUACUUGAAUCAAUGAUCAACAAUUUGCGUUCUCGUUCCUUUGCCCAUAGUGAAAGGAAUUGCGAAAAGGAUACUGGUCCCGAAAAAAUAGGUUUAGUUUAG